AUGUGUUCACCAGGAGGAUCCUGGAGCAGGAGGAUCCUGGAGCAGGGGGAUCCUGGAGCAGGAGGAUCCUGGAGCAGGAGGAUCCUGGAGCAGGAGGAUCCUGGAGCAGGAGGAUCCUGGAGCAGGAGGAUCCUGGAGCAGGGGGAUCCUGGAGCAGGGGGAUCCUGGAGCAGGAGGAUCCUGGAGCAGGAGGAUCCUGGAGCAGGAGGAUCCUGGAGCAGGAGGAUCCUGGAGCAGGAGGAUCCUGGAGCAGGAGGAUCCUGGAGCAGGAGGAUCCUGGAGCAGGAGGAUCCUGGAGCAGGAGGAUCCUGGAGCAGGGGGAUCCUGGAGCAGGAGGAUCCUGGAGCAGGAGGAUCCUGGAGUCGUUGGAUCUUCAUGAAAGACAGUUCAUCUUCAGUUCAUUGUUCUAUUCCUGAAGCCUCCGUCUGCAGCAUGGGUCCUGCUCUGGGUCCUGCUCUGGGUCCUGCUCUGGGUCCUGCUCUGGGUUCUUCUCUGGGUCCUGCUCUGGGUCCUGCUCUGGGUCCUGCUCUGGGUCCUGCUCUGGGUCCUGCUCUGGGUCCUGCUCUGGGUCCUGCUCUGGGUCCUGCUCUGGGUUCUGCUCUGGGUUCUGCUCUGGGUCCUGCUCUGGGUCUUGCUCUGGGUUCUGCUCUGGGUUCUGCUCUGGGUCCUGCUCUGGGUCCUGCUCUGGGUUCUGCUCUGGGUUCUGCUCUGGGUCCUGCUCUGGGUCUUGCUCUGGGUUCUGCUCUGGGUUCUGCUCUGGGUCCUGGUGUGGGUCCUGGUCUGGGUUCUGCUCUGUGCUUCUGUCUGUGUCUGAGCCUUGUCUGUGGAGAGCUGAGACCCGCAAAGUUCGACGUCACGUACAACUCCAGUGUCACCAGCCACAGACCGACUACUUACAUCUUCGAUCAACCAGACUUCAACAACAGAAGUGCUGUCCGUGUGUCGGUGCAGCUUGUGUCAAAAACAUCAGAAAACCUCGUCCUGUUUGUGAUUCGUCAGAAAGAUGUGGUUCUUUCUUUCCCAGCGCCUCUGACAGGACUGACCAGAAAGCACCAGUACAGCACCAUCAGCAGGACCAUGUGUCCGCCUCGGACUCAGUUCCACGUGGACGUAACGACUUUAUCCAAGACUGAAGAAAGAUACAAGCUGCGAGUCUCAGGCCUGGAGUCCUUCCAGAUCAAGUGA